AUGUCUUCAACCGCAAACGCGACAGAUCCUGCUGCCGCCGCCGCCCAGGCAGCAGCUGCGGCGGCGUCGGCGGAAAAUUUCCACAAGUUCACCAUUGAACUGUGGACGCUCUUCACCAUCGGUGCCUUGACGACCAUCCUGCGCACAUAUGCGCGCGUCAAGGCCAUUGGUUUUGCAAAUCUACGAGCGGAUGAUUACUUGGUCUGGGUUGGACUGAUCGGAUAUGCCAGUCAAUGCUCGCUGGGUUACAGCAUAGGUAACGUUGCCAAGGGUUUCGCCAACAAUGGAAUGACUCCGGAGGAGCGCGCCAAUUUGGACCCAAACAGUCCCGAGUAUGAAUUCAGAGUCAUCGGGUCUCAGAUCCAGAUCGCCGGCUGGACCAUGUACUCAACAUUGAUCUGGAGUCUCAAGCUCUCGAUGUUGUUCUUCUACAUGCGCCUGGUGGAGGGUCUCGGUCGUCGCUACAGACUGCGCAUCUAUGUCGGCUUUUUUCUCGUCAUCGCCACGUUCCUGAGCACCAUCCUCACCAUCUUUCUUGGAUGUCGGCCAUUCCACAAGUAUUGGCAGAUUUCACCCGAUCCAGGCAACCAGUGUCAGCCAGCCGUCUCUGACCCCAUAAUAUGGUCAUCAUUCACAGCCAACGUCACGACGGAUCUGUAUCUCAUCGCAAUCCCGCUGCCUCUCCUCUGGGGCUCGACUCUCAGGCUUGGCAAGAAGAUCGCAUCGACCAUCGUCCUCGGCGCAGGCAUCUUUGUGCUCGUCUGCGCCAUACUGAAAACCGUCUACGUCCUUGUUGACCCCCUCGACGGCGCCCAGCUCGCAGGCCAAUGGGGAACGCGCGAGGCCUUCACCGCCGUGAUGACGACCAACCUCCCCAUGAUCUUCCCGCUCAUCCGGCAGCUCCUGCGGCCAUACCUCCCGACGGCCCUGCGGUCGACCAAGAAGGAGUACAAAACACCAGAGGGCAGGGCCGGCGGGAACAACAACAACGUGCGCACCAUCGGAGGAGGAGCCCGCACCGGCGAUCUGGAGACGGGCGCGAGCAGCACCGUCGGCGGCAGCGGCGGCAGCCGGACCAACGCCUACGGCAAGAGCCGGUCCGGGGCCAGGGACAGCGGCGCAAACUUUCACCACAUGGGCACCAGCACCCUGACGUUCACGGAGAGCGAGGAGAGGAUCUGCGACGACCACGACAUCAAGCUGAGGGGCAUCAAGAGGAGCGCCGAGCGCGGCGGCGCUGAUCUGGUCCUCCCUCCCGAGAGGGGCAUCGUCGUCUCCAACGAGGUAGAGGUCAGGUCGGAGCACCGGACCAGUCACGACAAGGACAUCCCCGGGGGUCAGAGGGUGCAUGAACAUUGGUAA